AUGGGCAACGGCCACCAUCCUGAAGACACGGGUGGCCGUCGGGCUGCUGCCCUAGCCAGCAAGAAACAGGCUAAGGUCUCUGGGCUGAGAUGGCUGACAAUGGAUCUGCCUUCAGGACUGGUAAUCUCUGGCCAAGAGGAAGAACAGCCCAGAGGCUCUGCAGACAGUGCUGAGGUCUGGCACGCAGCCCUUCAGCACUCCCACCCGUCUGGGCAUUCCAAGGCUCUGGCCAACCUCACAUCGGCCCCAGGGUUCCUCCUCCUCGGCCUGAUGGACGGGCCAGACGCCCACCCGCUGCUGUUCCUGCUCUUCCUUGGCGUCUACCUGCUCAAUGCCCUGGGCAACCUGAGCAUGGUGGUGGUGGUGAGCUCCGAUGCGGCUCUCCACUAUCCCAUGUACUACUUCUUGGGUCACCUGAGCCUCGUGGACGUCUGCUUUACCACCGUCACGGUCCCCAGGCUGCUGAUCAGCCUGCUCCACCCAGGCCAGGCCAUCUCCUUCCAGGGAUGCUUUGCCCAGAUGUACUUCUUCGUGGCCCUGGGCAUCACUGAGAGCUACCUGCUGGCAGCCAUGUCCUACGACCGCGCGGUGGCGGUGUGCCGCCCGCUGCACUACUGCGCCCACAUGACGCCCGGGCGCUGCGCGGCGCUGGUGGGGGCGUUCUGGACGGUGGCCCACCUCCACUCACUGCUCCACACGCUGGUCAUCUCCGCGCUCUCCUACCCCGCCUGCGCCCCUGUGCGCCACUUCUUCUGCGAUAUGACGGUGAUGCUGAGCUUGGCAACCUCGGAUAUAUCCGCCGCGGAGACUGCCAUCUUCUCUGAGGGCCUGGCCGUGGUGCUGACCCCGCUGCUCCUCGUGUCCCUCUCCUAUGUCUGCAUCCUUGUCGCGGUGCUCAGAGUGCGGUCCGCUGGGGGGCGGCGCCGUGCCUUCUCCACCUGCGGGGCCCACCUGGUGGUGGUGUCGCUCUUCUUCGGGUCUGUCCUCUCCGUCUAUUUCCGACCGUUGUCGGCCUACUCAGCCCACUACGACCGCCUGGCCAGCGUAGUCUAUGCCGUGGUCACGCCGACCUUAAACCCUUUCAUCUACAGCCUUCGCAACAAAGAGGUCAAGGGCGCCCUAAAAAAGGAGUUCAGAUGCCGGGCUGCACCCCAAGAGUUGUGAGGGCAGGGCUGAAUUCACUAGCAUUUCAUUGAUAAAGAACCUUUUUUUUUCUUUCUUUCUUUGUAGCUUUCAAAGUACUAUCAGUUUUGUCCAACAGCGUCUUAU